CAAGCGUCACACGCGCCAGAGUAUCAAAUAAACUCUAUCCUAUAAAGUCUUCGGCUCCUGUUGUCUCCGCGUUUUCGAACGGGUUCGAGACCUCUUCUCCUUCCGGUCUCUGUCCCUCUUCUUCUCUCGAUUUUGUGAGGUGUGACGCGAUGAACCCAUCAGGUGAAACAAGACACGACGACGAUUCUGCACUAUCUGAAUUCCUCUCCUCUCUCAUGGACUACACGCCUACCAUCCCUGACGAAUUGGUCGAGCAUUACCUUGGCAAGAGCGGAUUUCAAUGUCCCGACGUUCGAUUAAUCAGGCUGGUAGCUGUUGCUACACAAAAGUUUAUUGCAGAGGUUGCGGGUGAUGCUCUUCAGCAGUGCAAGGCGAGGCAGUCAUCAGUGGUCAAGGACAAGAGAGAUAAGCAGCAAAAGCAGGACAAACGCCUGAUCUUGACGAUGGAUGACCUCUCUAAGGCAUUGCGUGAGUAUGGCGUGAAUAUGAAACGCCAAGAGUAUUUUGCUGACAGCCCCUCGACUGGAAUGGAUCCUGCUUCAAGAGAGGAAUAGCAGUGCUUAGAUCUGUAAAAUGCAUCACUAUCGCUCCAUUUGGACCAACUAGCCAUUUACACUGCCCAAAACAAUUGCAGGUGAUCUUUGGUUUCUGUUUCUUCUGCCAUCUGCUUCAUUAUCAUACUUCUGUACUGCAAUUGCCUCGAUAUGAGUAAUUUGUAUAAGUUAAUAUUGUGCA